AGGGGCAGUGAAUGGGAAGUACACAAUUAAAGCACAGGAUGUGGACUGACUGGAGUCCAGCCCUCGGUAGCGUCGAGCUCAGCACAGAGCGAGGUUCCCUCAGCGCGGACUCCGCACACUCAGCCGCUAUCUCUCUCUUUCUCAGGAUGGGAAUUCUGAGUGUCCUUUUACUGCUAGCAAUCCAGUCCUCAGCCAACUAUCUGACCACAGCCCAAGAAGACAACGAACUCUUCAAACCCUCCAACACACAGGACAAGCACCAGGAUCAGAUUGAACACAUCGAGCUGACCGCCAGCAAUUUAAGUCAUAGUACUCAGAACAUACCUAACACAGAUCACCCCUCUACCCCCACCUUCUCAGUCACUAACCCAGACACUGGGUGCCAGAGCAACCAGGUGAACGUGGGUGGUCAGAACUGCUCCUGUGCUGCAGGCUAUACACAGAGGGAGGCAGAGUGUGAGGAUAUUAAUGAGUGUGAGCAUGGUGGCCCUGAACCCUGUGGCCCCCACAGCAACUGCACCAACACCCCAGGCUCCUUUGUGUGUAGCUGUCUGCAUGGGUAUCUGAAGGGUGCUGGAGUCUGUCAUGACAUAGAUGAAUGUGCACUAGCUGCAGUAACUGGUCUUCAAGCUUGCGGUAAAGGGGCGAUGUGUAAAAAUAGCCCUGGGUCCUUCUCCUGCCACUGUCCAACAGGAUUUGUCCUGGCAGUUGAUGGACACAACUGUAUUGAUGUUGAUGAGUGUAGUUAUGAAGAGAAUUGUCGAAGAGAGCUUGGAAAUAUGUGUGUGAACACAGAGGGCAGCUACAAGUGUGUGUGUCAGACUGGCUUCAGAGAAGACAUGGCAGCUUGCGUGGAUGCUCUGUGUCUUGGCUUUCACACAUGCAAAGAUGUGGAUGAGUGUGCUGAGCUGGAAGGUGUGUGUACUAGUCAAGGAGAGUGUGAGAACACACUGGGCAGCUACAAAUGUGUGUGUUCUCUUGGAUAUCGUGGCAAUGGGACGCACUGCAUGGAUGUGAAUGAGUGUGUAAUAGGUGUUCAUCAUUGCGAUGUGAACGCUCGCUGUGGGAAUGUCAUGGGCUCUUAUUUCUGCCAGUGCCACCAGGGCUACAGUGGUGAUGGUCACUCCUGCUACGAUGUUGAUGAAUGUGCAGUGAACAAUGGCCUGUGUGAGCACAGCUGUGCCAACCUCCCUGGUACAUACAGCUGCACGUGCAGUGUAGGAUACACACUGACCGAGGACCUACACAAGUGUGCAGAUGUGGAUGAGUGUCUGAGCGGUAAUGGAACAUGUGAGCAGAUCUGCACUAACACACCAGGCUCCUUCCUCUGCAACUGUCAGCAGGGAUAUCAGCUGCACAUUGACAGAUACAGCUGUGUGGACAUAGAUGAAUGUAAGUUGCAGAAUGGGGGCUGUUCUCACGGCUGUACAAACACAGCAGGAGGAUACAUAUGCCACUGCCCUGCUCCUCUACUGCUGGACCUGCGUAAUACCACCUGCGUCAACAUCACUUCCUGUGCUUUGCGGAAUGGGGGCUGUGAUCAUGCAUGCUCUCUGGGUGCUGAGGGACGCAUUCAGUGCAGCUGUAGAGAAGGCUGGGAAUUGGACAAGGACCAAAGAACCUGCCUCGACAUGGAUGAGUGUGUGAGAUUUAAUGGAGGUUGUGAACAGCUGUGUGUGAAUUAUGCAGGCAGCUUUAACUGUACCUGCAGACCAGGGUUUGAACCUCGUACUGAUGACCCCACCAAAUGCCUUCCGGUUUGUGAGCCGACCUGCCAGAAUUACGGAGUGUGUAUUGCUCCCAACACCUGUGACUGUCCUGCUGGCUAUCCGGGACCUGGAUGCUCAGCUAUGUGUUCGCCACCCUGUGCACAUGGAGGAACUUGCAUGCGAUGGAACACCUGUCUCUGCCCCCCUGGCUGGACUGGAGAGGGUUGUCACACAGCUGUGUGUGAGUUACCUUGUGGGAAUGGUGGGCGAUGUGUUGGUCCUGACACCUGCCAGUGUCCUUCUGAUUAUGCUGGUCCACAGUGCCUCACUCCUCUCUGCAAUCCUCCUUGUUUAAAUGGUGGGAGGUGUGUGGAUGUUAACACCUGCAGCUGCGCUGGAGCCUGGAAAGGACCUCGCUGUCAGAUAGAACCAGUGCAGUGUGUGAAGCCCUGUAAGAAUGGUGGAGUAUGUGUGGGACUCAACAGGUGCCAGUGCAUCACUGGCUUUACAGGAGACCUUUGUGAAACAGCUGUCACUACUCCUUGUGUGCCACCUUGCCGGCAUGGUGCAGUGUGCAGCCCCCACAACACCUGCACUUGCCCAACAGGGACCAGUGGCCUGCGCUGUGAGAAACUAACAUGUCCAGUUAUGACCACAGUUCUCAGUAUGGCCCGAGCAGUGCGUAAGGGAUUUAGAGAAAGUUAUGUCGAUCGUUGUGGACCUCUGGGGGUCCAGCUCUGCACCAAGUACAGGAUAAACCAGGCCCGUGUUUAUCUUCAGGCAUAUAGAGUGGGCUACAAAAUCCAGUGCCCUGAGAAAGCAGGAAUUUGACCAAGAAACUCACCAACUGAACCAACACACACCAUCUUCUGUACUGUACCACAUUUACACAUAACAUAGAUGUGUAAACCUUUGACCUCACAAUUACUUUCAGGCUCUGGUCUUGAAAAUGAUUAAGUGCAUUUAAUUUAACUAUUUUGAUACUGUGUAGAGUACACAACUGACUGGAAGAACUAUUUAUGCAGUAGUGGAAUGUAAUCAAUAUAAGCUUUAUAAACUUUAUUUAAUUAUUUUAUAAUAAACACCAUGAACACAAGACUGUACGAAGAAACGACUAUAGUUGAGCUAGUCUGACUGGGGGACCCAGACUAACACAUUAAACUGUUUCUGUGACCUUACCAUAUACAAUCUUUUUAUAUUGAGAAUUUUGGUACCUUUGUAACCUUUGCACCCUUGUUCUUAAAAUAAAUUUUUUUUUAAUGAAUCACUGUCACUUGUACUGUGGUUAAGCUAUAACCUUCUCUUCACUGAGGUGUAACUCAGUAGAGAUAAGACACUCAAACAUCACACUUCACAUUGAUCACAUUUAUUGUUGUGAAUCAUUAAAAGUAAAUGACUAAA